CGGUUUGUGUUUUUUUUGUAAACACGGUAAAACGGAACCAGACACGCGACAAACACUUUGCUGUAACGGCUGAACUCUUUGUCACCGAUAGUCUAACCGUAUCGCUCACCAUUGAGUGUUUAUUCCACCCAGAGAGCGACGUUGCUCCUCCCGUCGAGCUCCUCGCGGAAUGACAACAAACUAUAUCAGCUAACCUCUAGUUAAGGUAGCGUCAGACAACUCGUUGCAACGUAGCCGGAUAGCUUAGCUCCAGUUGACGCUUGCUAAAGUGUCCGUCAGCCUCAUAGCGACGUUGACACUCUCAUGGUGGUCUCGGUUCAAUGGGGAACUGCCUGUUUUCACAAGGUGCGGACGACCUGUCGCUGCUGAACGAGUCCGAGGGGGGCAGUCUGCCCGGAGAGCCUCCGCCGCCCUACCAGGAGCACACCCAGCCUAUGCCAGUGUACCAUCCCACCCCGGGGGAGAGUCGCCUGGCUUACCAGCUGACCGAGGAGGAGCAGGUCUGCAUUGCCCAGCGAAUCGGCCUCAUCCACCACCUGCCCAAAGGCGUCUUCGACCUGGGCUCCGACCCCUCUGACAAGAAAGUUAAAGAGUGUGUGAUCUGCAUGAUGGACUUUGAGUACGGCGACCCCAUUCGGUUCUUGCCCUGUCUUCACGUCUACCACGUGGACUGCAUCGACCCCUGGCUGAUGCGCUCCUUCACCUGCCCCUCCUGCAUGGAGCCGGUCGACGCGGCCCUCCUGUCCUCUUACGAAACCAACUGAGCAGCCCGCGACGGCUGCUCUCGCCUAAAAGUAACCGCACCUUUUUAGCCGAAAAUUGUCCUAGCUGUUCAAACAGGUAGCCGAGGCGAUGUGGCACUAUGCAGAUGUUGCCUACAGUACGUUGCUUGAAGUCUGAUAUGCACCUGUUUGGGCUUUUGGAAACUCUUUGCCUUUAACAGUAGGACGACGUGCCAAAUCAAGCUAGAUGAAGAAUAUGGAAAGCUGUACACGUAGCAAAAUAUUACUGCAAAGUAAUGUCACUUUUGUACGACCGACAGUCUAUUUUAAUUUGUGAUAUUUUUACGGUAAUUAAACGCAUGUCACCAUUGUGAUUUACUUCCCCUUUCUAGACUCAUUGUGCAAUAUGUAAUAUCAAUGGAGAAAAUGCAGGAAAUUUGUCUCGGUCCAGUGAAGUUUUUGUGUUUUUUUUAUAGAACAUGUGGCCUUGAAUGUCAUAAAAACGCAGGCCUCUCUACUGAUAUGCAAUCAUCAUCGUCUACAGCGCCAUAAGAUAGAAUGGUGUCCCUUUUAGAUCUAUUUUAUUUGACUACGGUUGUCUGUAGCGUUUUUCCUUUUGAAGCUGCUUUCCUAAAUGUGGAUCUGUUUUCUUUUUUUUUUGCCUUCCCACAAUAUGGAUCAUCUCCUUUGCUUUGCCUUGAGUUUGUGCUCUGUUCUGUUUUAAACAUCAGUCCUUAGCGUGUCCUUUUCAUUGUUUACUGCCAGUGACAUUUACAAAGACAAGAUAUAUGCUGUGCACCUUGGGGUACUCCUCAUCUGUAGCCUGUAGACUCCGUAGAUGAUUGUGUGUUUUGAUAUAUGUGUGUGUGUGUGUUUUGAGAAGACGGCGGGUAGAGAUUGGCAUGUCAGUUGUAAACCUCGGUGUAGUUCCUUCUCUUUUUCUAGGUCCAAGCUGUUGGGGUUUGUUCUGUGGUGACGGCCGUCUUACAGCAAGUGAUGCAGAGCUCCUGUGUCUGGUCAACCAAAAACACUCAUAUUUUGGUGUUAGACGUGUACUCUCUUGAUACUGAUACUGUGUAAUGUAUAGUACAAAGAAGUACAAUUCUGAAAGAGAAGCUACAGCAGUAGAAAGGAAUGUGUCUUGAAUGUAAAGGAUUAUUUCAGCUUUUAAAGAUCCGGACAGUACACGUGACAAUAAGAGGACAUGUCUGAUUUACUCUGCUGUGCCUUUUGAGGUUGAGGAAAGCCAAUUCCUGUGAAGUACAAUCCUUUGUGACACGACUUUUUCCUUUUCUUUUAGUUGUCCUCUCGGGGCAAACGGACACCAGCACUGUUCUGAUUUGUGUCACUAUGUAUUUGGCCAGACAUUUAGCCAGACUCUGGCUGCUGUUAACAAUCAGUUUGUGUUUUAAUAUAUGUGUGCCACCAUUGGCAGAUUUUAGGGAAAAUCCUGAAACCACAAUAAAAGUCGACACCAGAUUUUA